AUGCCACUUCAUACAAUCCUUAAACCCGUCCAAAUCGCAGCAAACCUCGUGAAUGCAGCAUUAUCUAACGAGUCCCCGCAUAAGUACCGUGAUCGUUUAUUCAAAAUUCCUACAUCUAAUAAGCCAAUGGUUAUCGUACCAGGUCACCUUCUUGAUGACUUGAAAAGCUUUCCCGAGGAGGCCAUCAGCUUCCGCCACGAGAUGUACGAUCGCUACCUUGGUCAAUACACCUCGGUGGCAUCUAAUAGUUCUGCCAUGAUUCACUCAGUCAAAUUUGAUCUGACUAAAGGCAUCGGUAAUCUUAUUCCCGUUAUACAAGAGGAGGUUGAGUACGCUUUAAAAGACUUCAUGUCUACGCACGCAUCGGACCCGGAAGGAUGGGUUAGAGCACCUAUUUACGGCAUGUCUACACGCACUAUAGCCCUGGUCUCUGGCCGGGUCUUUGUAGGCUUGCCACUAUCGCGGAAUGAGGAGUGGAUUCAGAUGGCCAUCAACUCAACGAUAGACUCAUUUGUUGGCGCAGCCAUGAUGUGGGAGUAUCCCUCGUGGUCUUGGCCUAUUAUGCAGUGGAUUGUACCUCAAACCAAGAGAGUUCGCUACUAUCGACGCAGAGUGGGCGAGAUGCUGAACCCGAUCAUCACAACCCGACUGCAGGCGGGCUCGGAUACCAAGAAACCAGCUGACAUGAUUCAAUGGCUCAUUGACAACUCGAAUGGCCGUGGCGGGGACUUGCCAUUCCAAGCCAAUGAGCAUAUUGUCAUGAAUGUCGCAGCAAUCCACACGACGGGAGGACAACUGGCCCACACCAUCUUCGACCUAGCACGACGCCCAGAAUAUAUUUAUAUUCUACGUGAAGAGAUGGACAAUGUCCUUUCAGAUGAAGGGCCCAUAACUAAACAGGAUCUUUUCCGGCUCAAGAAGAUGGACAGCUUCCUUCGCGAAGUGCAGCGGAUGAGCCCCCCAUCCAUGGUUUCGGUCAAUCGCAAGGCACUCAAGUCCCUUACGCUGCCCAAUGGUCUGGUGAUUCCGAAGGGUACAUCACUCGCCGCCUCGCCUGCAUGUGUGAGCAGGGAUUCCUUGAUCUGGGAUAACCCAGAUGAAUUUGAUGGACUCAGGUUCUACAAAUUGAGAGAGGCCGAAGGAGAGGAGAAGUAUCAAUUUGCUACUGUCAACGAAGAUGCGUUGAGCUUUGGUCAUGGCCGGCACGCCUGUCCUGGACGCUUCUUCGCCUCUGCGGAACUCAAGGUUGUCUUAGUUCACAUUCUUCGAGAGUACGAUAUUAAGUUGUGUGAUGACUACAGCAACGAUCGGGAUCUUAAUCGCUUUGUCGAGGUUAUGGCUGCCUAA